AUAACCUAGAAGGCUAUGUUCCCAUCAAGAUUAGUAAUCUCACAUCACUCUCAACCUUUGAAGUAUCAAAUAACAAGCUUGUUGGUCGACUGCCACCAGAUAUAUGCCAUGGUCAAGUUCUUGUAUGGCUUACUGCUUCUGACAAUCAUUUCACAGGAGCAAUUCCACGGAGCUUAAAAAAUUGUACAAGGUUGUAUAGAGUUAGGCUCCAGAACAACCAGUUAAAGGGAAGUAUUACUGAUGCUCUUGGCAUAUAUCCCAACUUGGAUUACCUUGAGUUGAGCAACAAUGAACUUCGUGGAGAGCUUCCGUCCACAUUGGGUGAAUGGAGCAAUUUGACAAGCCUGAAAAUCUCCAAUAACAAUUUAUCGGGUGAGAUACCAUCUGAUCUUGGAAAGAUGACUCAAUUGCAUAUAUUAGACCUCUCCUCAAAUAAUCUGUUUGGGGAAAUUCCAAAGGAACUCGAAAUGCUAUCGUCUCUGCUAGAGCUUUCGCUGGAUGGAAAUCAUCUUUCAGGCUACAUUCCUAGAGAAAUCGGAACACUUUCCAAUCUACAGAGGAUUAACAUCGCAGGAAACAACCUGAGUGGCUUGAUUCCUGGACAUCUUGGGCACUGUGUGAACCUUCAAUAUUUAAAUUUUAGUGGAAAUAAUCUUGAUAUGAGUAUUCCUAUGGAGAUUGGAAACCUGCGCUCUCUUCAAAAUCUCGAUUUGAGCCAAAAUUUCCUUGCGGGAGAGAUACCUGGACAACUUGGGCUAUUGUACAAAUUGGAAAUACUCAAUCUCUCACACAAUCACCUCUCAGGUUCAAUUCCGUCGACCUUUGAUGAUAUGGCAAGCUUGACAUCCAUCGACAUAUCUUAUAAUGAGUUAGAGGGUCCUUUACCAAACAUUUUAGCCUUUCGUAAUGCUACAAUUGAAGUUGUGAGAGGGAACAAAGGCCUGUGUGGAGUUAUUGCUAGUCUAGACCCCUGUACAACAACAAUGUCGAAAGGCAAAAACAAACACAAAAAGCUGCUGCUAAUUUUGAUUCCUACUUUAGGUUGCCUACUGCUUCUUGUUGUGGGAGCUUCCAGUAUUUUAUGCCGAAGGGUAAGGAAAACAGAAGCUAGUUCGGUUGAUGGAAGUAAUGAAAACCCGUGGGCAAUAUGGAGCUUUGAUGGAAGAAUGGUUUAUAAGAACAUUAUUGAAGCCACGGAGGAGUUUGAUGUCAAAUAUUGCAUCGGUGUGGGAGGACAAGGGUGUGUUUACAAGGCCCAGUUGCAAACAGGUGAGAUUGUUGCUGUAAAGAAACUUAAGGAAGCACCGAACGUAAAAAUGGCUAGUCGAAAAGCAUUCGAAAGGGAGAUUCAUGCUUUGACUAGUGCUCGACAUCGAAAUAUCGUCAACCUAUAUGGCUUUUGCUCGAGUUCUCGACAUUCAUUUUUGGUGUAUGAGUUUUUGGAAUCUGGCAGCUUGAAGGAUGUAUUGAGCAACGAUCAGAGGAUAACAACAUUUGACUGGAAUAAGAGAGUGAAAGUUGUGAAAGGCGUGGCUUGUGCUUUGUCCUACAUGCACCAUGAAUGCUCACCUCCUAUAAUUCAUCGAGACAUAUCGAGUAAGAACAUUUUACUGGAUGAACAAUAUGAAGCUCACGUCUCUGAUUUUGGCACGGCUAAGGUUCUAAAGCCUUAUUCAUCGAAUUGGACUUCCUUUGCAGGCACCUUUGGAUAUGCAGCUCCGGAACUCGCAUACACAAUGGAAGUGAACGAGAAAUGCGAUAUUUAUAGCUUUGGAGUGACGACAUUAGAAGUAAUCAUGGGAAGACAUCCGGGCGAUCUCAUAUCAUCUCUUGCGUCCUUGCCUUCAUCAUCAUCGAGCAAUUCAAUAGCUUCUUGUUCACUAAAAGAAGUUUUAGAUCAAAGAAUUCCAAACCCGGAAGGUAAUGUGCUAGGGGAAGUGGCUUUCGUGACAAAGAUGGCCUUUUCAUGCGUAAGUCCCAAACCAGACCAUCGUCCAAGCAUGCAACAACUUUCUCGAACGAUAUCGGCGCAUGGCUUGAUCAUGCCAACCGCACCAGAGGGCAUCAAAUUGGAAGAAUUAGUUGAUCCUACAUGCUUCAUUUAUUGA